UACUAAAAACAGCCUAAAAAAAAUUUACUCUAAGAAAUCCAAGAUUUCAUUCCGUUAGCUGAGACUGUUGUGAGCACACACCAGCAGUGGCAAUAGCAACAAAGUUGCGGCAAUAAUAUUCGCUGUCCAAAUUCUUAAACGUGUUCAAACGUUAUUAUUAUUAUUAUUAAUUAUUAUUAUUAUUAUUAUUAUUAUUAUUAUUAGAGUGUGUGUGUUCGUAUGUGUAAGGCCUCGUAAUAAAAGCUUCUACGAUGUUCAAUUUUGGGAGUAACUUCUCAUUUUAUCCUGUUCCACUGGUUGUUUGGCUGACUGUUAUAACAUCCCUUCAAGAAAUCACUCAGGCAACUGAAGAUUUACAAUUUCUUAAGAAUGAAACUGAUUCUAUAAUUCUAACUCCGAACAACGAGACAGAAUCAGUUACCGAAACCGUUUUUAUUUCAAGUGAAAGCCUAGAGAAUGAAGGCCACGCAUUCACCACCGAGCGAAACGACCUGAUGUCUACUGAGUCUGUUGAUUCGAACAAUAACAGCACUGACUAUUCCAUGGUUGAUUUCUUUUCUAAUAGUAAUGGAAGCUUUACUAAUGAAACAGACAGUCAAGAAGUUUCGAAUGCAAUUGAUGACGACUCCAUAUUGGCAAUCGAUGGUUUCAAUGAUUCGGUCACAGACAAUUCAGAGGCACCGGGAACAACCAACGCGAACGAUACGCACGUUUCGUAUUCUCAGAACAAAUAUAUCGAGGAUUCUACCCAGGAAAUACAAUCAGUGAAUACAGAAGAAGUUAAUGAGACAAUAGUCUCAAACACAAGUAAGGAAAACAUAUAA